CUAAUCUAAUUUCUAACUAAAGUAAUUCCUGACUAAUAACUAAUCUAAUUUCUAACUAAUAUCUAAUCUCAUUUCUAACUAAUGUAAUUCCUGACUAAUAGCUAACAUAAUUUCUAACUAAUAACUAAUGCAAUUUCUUGAGCCACAGCUAGAAUUAUAUUCCCUAUUGGCAUUGUACUAUAAAUGUGGCAAAACAACAACAACCAUGAAUUAAUUACUAAUGUGUUAAGGCCACCAUGGUGAAGGAGACAGACUACUACGACACCUUGGAGGUGAAGCCCAAUGCCACCUCCGACGAGAUCAAGCGUGCCUACCGCAAGCUGGCACUGAAGUACCAUCCGGACAAGAACCCCAGCGAAGGCGAGCGGUUUAAGCACAUUUCGCGGGCUUACGAAGUUCUCUCAGACCCAAAGAAAAGGGACCUCUAUGAUCAGGGAGGGGAGCAAGCCCUUAAAGAAGGAGGAAGUGCCGGCAAAUUCACUUCACCCAUGGACAUCUUUGACAUGUUCUUCGGUGGUGGAGGCCGAAUGGGUAGAGAGAGAAGAGGGAAGAAUGUUGUCCAUCAGCUAAGUGUAACCCUUGAAGACUUGUACAAUGGAGCUACAAGAAAACUGGCGCUUCAGAAGAAUGUAAUUUGUGACAAAUGCAAAGGUUAUGGCGGGAAGAAAGAGUCCGUGGAAAAGUGCCCCACAUGCAAAGGAAGAGGAGUGCAUGUGAUCGUUCAGCAGAUUGGGCCUGGCAUGAUGCAGCAGAUCCAAUCUGUCUGUCCAGAAUGUAAAGGUCAAGGAGAGAGGAUAAAUCCCAAAGACCGGUGCACCGUCUGCAAUGGCAACAAGGUGGUUAGAGAGAAGAAGAUCAUUGAAAUGCACAUUGACAAAGGCAUGAAAGAUGGGCAGAAAUUAGUGUUCCAUGGAGAAGGGGACCAAGAGCCCAACUUGGAGCCUGGGGAUGUCAUCAUUGUGCUGGAUCAGAAGGACCACCCGAUAUUUCAGAGGAGGAGCCACGACUUACUCAUGAAAAUGAAAAUUCAACUGACAGAGGCAUUGUGUGGCUUCAAAAACAGAAUCGAUACAUUGGAUAACAGAGUCCUUGUAGUAACAUCUCAACCUGGUGAGGUGAUAAAACAUGGAGACAUCAAGUGCAUCGUAAAUGAAGGCAUGCCAAUUUACAAAUCUCCAUUGGAAAAAGGUUGCCUGAUCAUCCAGUUCCUUGUUACAUUCCCAGAAAACCAGUGGCUCGCCCUGGAUAAGCUACCUCUGUUAGAAGCUCUCCUUCCUCCUCGGGAAGAAGUAAUGAUUUCAGAUGACAUGGAUCAAGUCGAGUUGGUUGAAUAUGAUCCCAAAGAGCGGCCUCACUGUAAUCACGGGGAGGUCUGCGAAGAGGACGAAGAAAGCCCCCAAACUGGGGUGCAGUGCCAGACAUCCUGAACCACAACUGUAACGGACUUUAAGGUUACAGCUUCAGGAAUGGAUCUGCAAAGGUUUUUAAAGCCUCUUUCCAAGUUCUGCACAAUGAGUUACUGUAUAUUUAUUUUUGUAAUAACUUCCAUAUUUAAGGGUUUAUGUAAAACAUGAGCAUGUGUAACUUAAGAAUUGCGUGUCCUGCUGCUUGAUUGAGUAAAACACUUUCUGUUACUGUAAAGAAAUGCUUGAGGCAGGGAAUGCUUCCUCUACUACUGUAUAUUGAAGUAUUUCUUCAGAUUAAAAUUUGAAAGGACCAUUCUCAUUAAAA